AUGGACAAGCACAAUUCUCAAUGGGUGUCGUUCCACAUUCGGGACCACCUCAAGGACGGCGAAGUCACUGUCCAGAACACUGUCAUCGAAGGUGGUGAAUUCUGGGACACCAACGGCCGUCGUCAGUCGCUCACUGAAGAGGAGAUCGAUGAGAUCACCAUCCCUGCCAAUGGCAUCGGCGAAAUCAAUGCCGGCGGUCGCCGAGGCAGCGAAGGCCGCCUUGAUCUCUUUCAUGGAAAGGAUAAGAUCUGCGAGCUGCACUGGGAGAAUCGAGGUGGAGAAUAUGUCAACUUGGUCGAGACCAUUGACAAUAGCAAGAAGUAUAGAGUCGAGUAUGGGGGAUGGAGUUCGGGCGAGGGCCCCUUGGGACAUGUUUAUGUGGAUAUUACUGAGAUAAAGAAAUAG